AUGCGACCGCGGAAUCUCAAGCUACAUUUACGAAAGUUGUAUGGGAUCGAGUUGCGGACCGGUGAUGCUGUAUCUAAGCCUACGCAAGCGCCAACUUUCAAUCCUGAUUCGGCACUGGAUGUUUUAGAUUAUUUACAAAAAACCAAGCUGCUGGUUGCGCGAACAGUGAGACAGCUGGAUAAAAUGAGCCCCAAAGAUAUUGAGCAGGGGGCCUUGAGUUAUCCGACGAUGUCGAAAAAACGUUAUUCGACCCAAAAAGGCCUUCCUGCACCUCCCACAUUUUGGACCCGAACGAGCCUGAAAAAUUACCUGAAAGAUAUCACAAGUACGCAAUAUAAUGCGGAAGAUCGUAUGAAUGACCAGAUUGGUUUGGUUUCGCACGUGGUUACGGACUUACUCCGGCCUACAAAUAGGGCCACUCGGGAAUACUUGUCUGUUGAAGCUUAUAACACUGGAAUACGUUACUUUUUAGGUGUCCAUGAUGUUGAUGCUGCGCACUUACUACUGGAGAGUAUGACAGGCUCCUUUUUAGAGCCCGACGCGGAGACUUUUAACUACUUUCUGUGGCCGCUGGCCACGAACGUUUCUGCUGAUCCCUAUAAUCGACCCAAAGGACACCCACUGCUUAUGGUUUUGAGUAUCUUGCAUCUUAUGGACAAACGGAAUAUUAAAGCAAAUACAGAAACAUGGAAUCUUGCUCUGCAAGCUAUGCCUAUGGGGUUCGGAAAGAGCUUCUUGGUUGAAGAAAUGGCCAGACGGAAAAUAGCCCUUAAUGAAAGGUCCCUGGCUGUUUGUACUGCCACAAUUGCUGAAAAAGCGGGCAGUGACGCUGCAGUCGAGUGGGCUUUAAACAACAGCAGGACAUUACCUUCUGGCGUUCUCGGGUUACUUUUGAGCUUGCAGCUUAAAUCCAAAACGGAAAAUGACCAGAAUGUGGCCAGGUCAUUUGAGCUACUUGACACUGCUUGUAAAAAGUACUCCACCAGACCAAACGUGCACACCAUGAACACGUUUCUGGCAUCAUUUGGUGCUAGAAGACAUCUUGAUUGGCAACUGGGCAUCCUGGUGUUUUUCCGAGAACAAUAUAACAUCAAGCCCUCGCCCUUGAGUGUUCAAUAUCUCCUGGAGGCCGCAAUGGGUCAAAAAGAAAUGCAAGAAAAGUACACGGCCAUUGGUAUGAUUCUUGGUCGUUACAUUACCAUGCCCACCACCCCACGCACCCGAGCGCUUAUUAGACGGGCCAUGCGUCGAGCAGGACACAAAUACACAUUAACAGACCCAGGAAAACGUCAAUUCAUGAGCAUAUGCAAUGAAGCCAAGCCAGUGAACCACUGUCCGGUCAAAAUCGACGUCCUGUCUUUGCUAAAGGGAAGAGCUGGCUCUCCUCUUAGCAUUCCACCGGUUCUAUCGUUGCCUCACUGA